UUUAGGUGUAUUCUGCAUCCUUCAAAUUCAAGACUUUCUGCAUCAACCCAUAUUACUUCAGAUUGUUCUGUUAUUCUUUUAGCGAAUGGAAAUUGAAUUCCAGCAAGCAAAGCAGUACUCAGUGAAAGAUUCCAGCAAGCAAAAAGCAAGAAAAAGAAACAAGAAGAGUAGUAAGUUUGUUGGAGUGAGACAGAGAGCAUCAGGGAGAUGGGUAGCUGAGAUCAAAGACACAACGCACAACAUCAGAAUGUGGCUUGGCACUUAUCAGACUGCAGAGGAAGCGGCCAGAGCCUACGACGAAGCCGCGCGUCUUCUUCGCGGCUCCGCUGCUCGGACCAACUUCAUCACUCAUCAUUUCUCGUCGUCCUUGGAUCCUCCUGUCGCUUCCCGGAUUCGGAAUCUUUUGAACAGCAAAAAGGGAAUCAGCAGCAGUGAUGAGAUCAUUGAGAACUCAUCAUCAUCAUCAUCGCUUUCGAAUUCGAGUGAGACAAUUGUUACAGAGAGCACACCAACAAUAGUAUCUGAUGAUAAUGCUUAUAGACCAGAUUUGAGUAGUUUUGAAAGACAAGUAUCAGGUUCAGGUUCAGGUUCACCUUUUGCAAUUCAUGGGGUUCAUGGAUUCAUGGAUGCUUUUCAAGUUAAGGACUCUAACGAAUCUCUCUGGGAUCUUCCACCUUUGAUGAGCUCGUUUUUCCCUUAAUCAUUUUUCCCAGUUUCUUUCUAGAGGUGUGUAUAAGUUUAAUCUUGCUAGGAUUUUAUUGCCAUAGUUAUUAGAUUCGGUGCGAUUUCGAAUUCUAUGAAACUCUUCAAAAUCAAAAUCUUUUUAGUUGAAGUCGUCGUUGUGAUGAAGAAAGUUUAAGCAUUGAUGUUGUCCUUGUUCUCAUCCCUAAUUUAUAAAUUGCAAAAGAGAAAGAACAAGAAAACAAUGAUAACUGUGAACAAUAAAUUAAAAGAAAAUCAACAAUGCUAGGGAACCAACUCUAUAUAAGCCAAGAAUCAGCCAACUAGUAAAUCAGAGGCACCGGUGACUUUAACCGGAUGUUGCUACUGAUAGGUAUACGGAUGUUUCUUUUUCUUGUAAAUUGGAUGGUUUUGGAUAUGAUUUCUA